UAAAUGCAACCUAUAUGUGUAGCGAUAUCUUGUAUUUUCAGAAAUACUUUGUGUCUUUUUAUUUCUUUUUUCCUUACGUUUUUCUGCUCCCUUAUUUGCUUACUCGCAAUGGAAUUACCAAAAAAUGGAAGCACGAGAAUGUAAAAUUUUUUAGCGAGUAUAUCGAUAAAAGAUACAAUAUAAUGUUUUUCGACGCAUAAAUACAGUUACACGAUUUGAAAUUAAGAACAGUCGAAGAAAAUUACCUUAGAAAGCAAAUAUAUUAAUGUGAAAAUUUCAAAGAGUUGGUGACUGAAUUGAUUCACGUAGCAGCAUGACAUGAGUUUUGUGAUUUCGAGGAUCAAGCGGUCACGGAAGAAAGUGACAACACAAAACGUUCGCAAAGUUUGACCGUGGUUGUUUGUACAAGUGCAUGCGACAUUUAACGCAUUAGUAGGUUGUUCUUGAUAUCAAUUUGAACGUUAAAGUGUUUAGAAAAGGUUUGAUUAUUGAUUUCCAGAACAAAUUUCACGAUCGUAAAGGGUUAAGAAGAGGUUAUCCGUCUUUUGAUUUCAAUUUCUCAAAACGGUGAAAACUGUUGAAAUGGCCGGUGCAAUGUUGUUCGAACGGGCACAAGCAGUUUCGAUGACGAAUCGUAGCGAAGGUAUUUCGCUUCUUAACGAAAUUGUCUCCGAUCCGAGCAUCGGUGUUACCGACGAUGACGAAGAUAACAUUCGGGUAAAGGAGCAAGGUAUUCUACACCUUGGCGAACUUUACAAAAAAGAAGGAAAAGCAAAAGAGCUUGCUGAAUUGAUCAAAGCUACCAGGCCAUUCCUUAGCUUAAUUAGCAAAGCCAAAGCUGCUAAGCUCGUACGAUCAUUAGUAGACUUUUUCUUGGACCUAGAAGCUGGUAUUGGUAUCGAGGUCCAGUUAUGUAAAGAAUGUAUAGAAUGGGCAAAAGAAGAACGUAGAACGUUUUUAAGGCAAUCAUUGGAAGCACGUUUAAUAGCAUUAUAUUUCGAUACUGGUAUGUAUAGCGAAGCGUUACAAUUAGGAUCAGCACUGCUCAAGGAACUUAAGAAACUGGAUGACAAGCAACUACUAGUAGAAGUUCAAUUGUUGGAGAGCAAAACUUAUCAUGCAUUGAGUAAUUUAGCCAAAGCAAGAGCAGCACUUACCAGUGCUAGAACAACAGCCAAUGCAAUUUAUUGUCCACCCAAAAUGCAAGCUGCUUUAGAUUUACAAUCUGGAAUUUUACAUGCUGCCGAUGAACGAGAUUUUAAAACCGCAUACUCUUAUUUCUAUGAAGCAUUCGAAGGGUACGACAGUGUUGAAAGUCCAAAGGCUUUAACAGCUUUGAAAUAUAUGUUACUAUCAAAGAUUAUGUUACGUACACCCGAAGAUGUACAAUCACUUAUGUCUGGAAAGUUAGCUAUUAAAUAUGCUGGGCGGGAUUUAGACGCAAUGCGAGCAGUCGCUGAAGCGAGUCAUCGUCGGUCACUAGCAGACUUUCAAACUGCUGUUAAAAAAUAUCGCGAAGAACUAGAAAAUGACGUGAUUGUACGUGCUCAUCUAGGCUCUCUUUAUGAUGCAAUGCUUGAACAAAACUUGUGUCGUUUGGUUGAACCUUAUUCACGUGUACAGGUCAGUCACAUCUCGACCUGCAUAUCAUUACCGCUUGCUCAAGUGGAAAAGAAGCUAUCGCAGAUGAUAUUGGAUAAAAAACUAAGGGGUGUUCUCGAUCAGGGUGAAGGUGUUUUAAUCGUUUUCGAAGAUACCCCGCGUGACAAGACUUACGAACUUGCAUUGGAUACGAUACACAGUAUGGGGAAGGUCGUUGAUACACUUUAUCAAAAAGCGAAAAAACUCACUUAGCUAUAUUUAAUAUAUUCUACCAUCAAAAUUUGUUAUAAUUAUUAUUACCAUUAACUAUCAUUUCGUGUCGUUAAAAAACAAAUUAAAUUACAUUUGCUGAUAUUCAUUAUAUAAUUUAAAACACGUUCCUGCCUUGAACAUUUCUAUUUUCUGUAUAAUACCAAUUUGACCGUAUUGUUUAUUUUUACAUGUGAAAUUUAUUUGGCUCAAUUGAUAAUAUCAAUCCGUUUUUUUGUUCGCACGUUUAUAUUGUACCCGAGAGCGCGCAUUACACACGCCAUACAUACGUCCAUCUCUUUUUCUUUUUUAAUUACACGUAUGUAUUGACACAUAUGCAGAUGGUGGUGAAUUUUAUACGUAGUAGUACUUUUGUUGGUCAACCCUUUCUUCAGAAACAGAUUGGAAAAAUAACGUCGUGAUGUGCAAAAUACGAAAUACAGUACUAUGAUGCGAAACGAUUCAUUUUACUCACUUAUUUAUCCUCUUUGAGGUACUGGAAUGGCAUCUAAAUAACUGCAAAAUUGUAUCCUCUUUAUCUAAAAAGAUUACGUCUGUUUACAAAGUUUGUUUAAAAUUUGAUAAAACAUUAUUUUAAAUUUCUUAACUUAUGUUUGAAGGUGUUAGAAAACAUUAUCCCAGAUUACUAUGCACCUGAAAAUCGAUCUUUCUCCUUGUAGUAUGAUUAAAAUUGAAAUUAAAGUACCAUUUCAAUCAAAUAUUUCAGUGACUUAAGCUAUGAUGAAUAUCAUUAUAAUUUAUUUAAUUCCAUAAUUUUAUACUAGAGUCGAGUAUUUCGAUUGUACAUAAUUCUUUUAUAAUAAAAAAAUGAAGUUGGUGUGCCA